UAUUCGAGCAACAAUAGUCUUCGCACUUUGCAAAAUGGCAAAGCUUCCACAUGCCUUAACAAUUGUAUUGGUUCUUGUGAGAACAGUGGCUCACGUGAAAGCAGAAUCGGAUGACGAAUCAAUCGAUUUGUCUGAGAUGAGCGAAGCCAUUUUUGGUAAUCCCGAUAUGGAAACUACUGGAAGGCUGGUUGACGCACAAGGGGAAGAAUCGCUGCAAAAUCCUGAAGAAUUGGGCACCUAUUACGAGGGCGACAUACUAAUACCUGUUGAUUAUCGUAAGUCUCGUAACGAGGACAGACGCAAUGGACUCCUUGCAUUGAGUACACGAUGGCCCGGUGGCGUGGUACCCUACGAAAUAAACGGAACGUUCACAUCGCAGGAGUUGGACAAUAUAAAUCAUGCCUUUAAGGAGUACCAUUACAAGACCUGCAUCCGCUUUAGGCAGCGCACAAAAGAAAAGGAUUACAUAUCCAUAACGAAUAGUAAAUCUGGCUGCUGGAGCAGCAUUGGACGCAUCGGUGGUAAGCAGGAGGUAAAUCUACAGUCCCCCAACUGUUUACGCACCUAUGGCACCCCCAUACACGAGCUGAUGCACGCACUGGGCUUCCUCCAUGAGCAAAAUCGCCACGAACGGGACAACUACGUGAAGGUGCUGAGCGAAAAUGUGAAGCCUGGGCUGUUGGUCAACUUUGAGAAGGGCAGUUCUAAGACCCACUCAGGUUUCGGAAUUGAGUAUGAUUAUGCGAGUGUUAUGCAUUACUCCAGCACAAGUUUCUCCAAAAAUGGAAAACCAACAUUAGUAGCUUUGCGCAGCCAUCCGGAUGCUCGGCAGCUUGGACAAAGGCGCGGCUUCUCGCCCAGCGACGUGCGUAAGAUAAAUCUCAUGUACAAAUGCAGGCUCUGA